AUGCCCAAACUCCCAGACGCAGGCCCAAUUCCCAAGUGCAUUAAGGACCCGAACCUGACAGUCACCUUAGGAGCUCACAAUAUCCACAAGCAAGAGGACUGCCAGCAAACGUUUGUGGUUCAAAGCUAUCACCCGCACCCCGACGACAAAGAAUGUCCUCGAGCCAAUGACAUCCUUUUGCUGAAGCUGAAGGGGAAAGCCAGUCUAAACAAAUAUGUCAAUGUCAUUCGCCUGCCCAAAGCCAACAGAGAUGUCACCCCACGGAGCCAGUGCAGCGUAGCUGGAUGGGGCCAUAUUGACCAUGGAAAAACCACCGACAAGCUCUUUGAGACCGACGUCACCAUCCGGCCAGCAAAGGAAUGCCGCUCUUUGAACCCCGGGAAAACUAAUCAUAUAAUCUGCGCAGGGAGCAAACACUGGGUCAAGGACUGCAGCCAGGUCAGUAGCAGCCGCGUCUAG